GGUGAGGACAAAAUGAGUCCCAGACAGUUUGGUGCCACCAUCCUCCGUCAGAUGCACAACAAGACACUCCGCAAGAAGCUGCAGGUGACCGCCAAAACGUUAAACGACGAAGGAUCCAUCACCUUCAGUGCCUUCAGCACCUUUCUGUUCUUUUUGGAGAACAUCCAUGACGUGGGUAUGGCGUUGCAAUUCGCGCGCGAGGGCAAUAAGGGCGUGGAUAAAGAGAGCUUCAAGCGCGCGUUUAGAGUCAUCGUUCGCACGGACGCCGACAGUGCGAUAGUGGAUGCCAUAUACGACAUCUUCGACACAAACUCCGACGGCUAUCUCUCGAGGAAAGAAUUCUACGUCGCAAUGAAAGACCAGGCCAUACAUGUGAAUCAGAAUACUCUUGGCCUGGGUGUGACCGAAGGAUUUACUGGGCUCGUGCUCUGUGUCAAAGAAAAGGUCGCCGAGAUGCGUGAAAUGGAAGCAUGAGAUUAGCUGUAUCUUCAGUUUGGCAUAGUACUAUACCUCACCGUUCGUGCCACUAUGGAAUGGAAGUAUAUGUGUGUGCAUUUCAAAAUACGACCAUAUAGCUUGUUGGUAUUGACCUACUCUAUAUACGAAUAUAGAUUUAUCUGAUUGGGCGUAGCACUUUAGACCGUCCUUCAUACAGACCUUAGGCACAGCACAUGCGCCAAUAAGUCUGUGCGGCAGGUUAGUGCUUGUGUGCGGAGUGUGCAGUGCGUGCAGACGUCUAUUUAAAAGUAUGAUGCGGAGUUCUCACGGUACGGAGAAGGGCCACACAUGCCCCUGACAACGGAGUGAUUUAUGACCAGACAGGUGGUAGACGGUUGAAUGAUGUUAACCUGCAACAUUUGUGAAGGGUAUGUAGUACGAGUCGGCACAAGCUGUGGUAAACUGUGAGUUUCUCAUAUGGAUCGUACAUAUACCGUCUGAAGGUGCUUGGAUGAUUCAGUCCAUUCACGACGGGCAAUGGGACACGCCUGCCGAUGAGUUGACAUUAUUUCAAUAAUGUUCCGUUGAGAAUCUUUGUUUCUGACUUUGACGCCACACUUUACUUCCCACUCUUAGCACACUACUUAAGUUAAGGGCGAGGGAGGUUAGUACAAUCCCCUAUGUAUUCUCACUACUUUGUUUAAGUGAAGUUUGGUGCAAUCCCCUACUCGAUAUCUGCGUUGUAUUCUCGCCCCACAAGAAGUGUGCGAAAGCUGCCUCAGCACGGGCCGACCACAUGAUUUCUUAAGCAGCCUAUACCUGUUGCCUAGCGUUGACAACUCCGCAAUCUGUAUGGGACUGCGCUGGGACAUCCACUGUCGAACCGCCUUCUGCUGAUAUAAGUUGCUAAUUUGCUACCACCAACUGCGGCUGUGGCGCAUACAUUGAUCCCAUUUUAACGCGUUCAUUGAGCUACACUCAAUAGUAUUAAAGAAUCACUACACUUAAGGGGACCACGCUCUUUACGCAAAUUUAAAAUAAAUAAAUC